UUUUCUAAAACAACUCCCAAAUUAAAAGAACAGAAUUUGCAAAUCGCCGCGUGCAAUUCUUAAUAGAAAUAUAAUUAAAAUAAAGAGCCAACUACGCUGUAAUAAAAUAACACCAUGCUUUCAUUGCAAGUGCACCCUUAAAUUGUUGAACUGCGGCUGAAAAAAAGUGCGCGAUUUUUUGUGGCCGCCGCUGCCGCAACCGCGAGGCUCAACUAGGCGACAAAUAAAAAUUAAAGGCAAUUCAGCCAGCAAUUCAUUCACAAUAGUUAAACGUUUGUAGCUGUAAUUGUAGUGCGUAUGAAUUAAGCAUGUCCAAAGCAAGUGAAUUGUUUGAUGAAGAGCUGUUUGAGACACGCUUGGAAGCGCUCAAGGACACGCAGGAAUGUAUACAACAAAUGUCCAACUGGUGCCUGCAACAUCGAAUCAAUCACAAGAAGAUCAUACACUCUUGGCUAAACGUAUUCAAACGAGUGCGUGUGGAUCAUCGCCUGGUAUUAUUUUAUCUGGCCAAUGAUGUUAUACAGUACAGCAAACGCAAGCGCUAUGAAUUUGUAGAGUGCUGGGCCACAGCGCUACAAAGAGCCACCACUAUGGUGCGCGACGAGCGCGUAAAGGGCAAAAUCUUGCGGAUAUUGCAGCGUGAGAUCUACAAUGAAGAAUUUCUCAGCGAUCUUAGCGGCUUGCUUAAUAUAGCUCCGCCCAAGAAAGCGCCACCAAGCAGCGAUCCCAGCAAUGAGUAUCAAAACUCUACGCUCAUAACGCAGGUGAGGGAAUGCGUUGAGCUGUCGGAAACCACAGACAAGAGCAUGAAGAAGCUACCAAAACCGCCAAAUUUCGAAAUCGAAGUCAUUAAGCAACAGCUAAAGGAUAAAAGUCAUUCUAAUGAAAUAGAAAAGGAGCUGGAACGCUAUGUGGCUUUUAUAAAUGCGUACAACAAGAAUUUACAAAAUGAAAUUAAGUGUCGCAAGGCGGUCUUGGAUUCUAUAGAAGCAGCGCAAAAAUUCUACGAGCACCAGGGGCGUGAAGUUAAAGUUGUAGCAAGUGCCUAUAAAAGCUUUGGUACGCGAAUCAAAAUUGUCAAACGCAAGCUGGAUGAGGUGAUACCCACAUUAUCAAGCCCAAUACCCUCGCCGGAUAUAAAUGCGCCCUCACCAGAACGUGAUGCGGAUCUGCAGUUGCCCGAUGAAAAUUCGCCAUUAGGCGAGAGCAUAUUCAGCAGCGACGGUCUCAAUGGUUUUGCCAGCUAUUUGGAUGGUCAGCUGCCCUUUGAUAUUAACGAUUUUAAGCGUGAAACGAAUGCCAAGGAUCGUGGGAGUGCCAUUGAAGUAAUUGGCUCGCGUUCGGAUGAUGAGAGCUAUACGCCAAGUGCCAAUUUCUAUAAACCCGAGACACUGAAUAGCAAUGCCUAUGCAAAUAACGCAAAUGGUAAUAGUGUCGGCUCUAUACCGGGUCUGGGCAGCAGCGGCAACACUGGCGAAUAUAAUCCGGCGCAAAUGCACAGCUCUUAUGGUGGUGUAUUGCCGCCACCAGCGCCGCCUAGUUUUGAGGAAUAUGCGCCGCCACCGCCACCCCAUCUGGGCUAUGGUCAGGCAGAGAGUCAAUAUACGCCUGCGCCUUUAAAUAGCAGCAACAACAUGGCACCACCGCCGCCUAUGCCAGCAAACGCUGGUGGCGUAGAUGAUUUCAAUAGUACUUGGGACAUGAGCAUGACUUGGACGCCGCUGGAUAACAGCUUAAAUAGCAGCAGCUCCAGCUAUACGCCAACGCAAAUAACGCCGCGCUCGCCGCCACACUUUGAGCGCAAAGGCAACGGUGCGCCCAUUGAGUACAAUGAUCAUCAUAAUGCUUCGGGGCUGGGUGCACAAGAUGUGGAUCAUCGUGCAGUGCAACUGCCGCCGGCGUUUAACUUUCGAUCCAAGACCACACAAAAUGAAGAUCUAACACGUCCGCUGGUGGAUAUUGAUCAUCGAAAUUUGAUAUCACUCACAGGCUCACCAGGGGGUGCAGAUAAGGACUUUACUGGCGGUGCAGAUGUGGACUAUCGCACAGCGCCAGUUCCCAAUCAUUCACCAAUGAUGGCGCCGCCGAAUAAGAAAAAGCACAAUUCGCCACUAAAAUCAAAUGCCAGUUCAUCUUCAGAGUCGGAUCGUGUAGAUGGCUCGGCGCGCUAUGAUCCAGCUGAUAUGGUUGUGGACAUGGAUAUGUCGGACGAGGAUCUGGAAGAGUCGCAGCGAGAAAUGAUUGCUAAUGUAAAUGAUGGUGAACUGGAUCAAGCAUCUGGACGGCCCGCGCUGCUGGAAACACCCGCAGAUUUUUUAAAUCAAUGGGACGACAGCAUGCAGGACACUCAGGGUGAUGGCCAACAACAACAACAACCACCACCUUUGCCACCGCAACCUUGGAAUCAAAUGCAGCCGCCUAGGCCCUGGAAUGGCAGUGAAGGUAAUGGCAAUGGACCGAAUGGUGUGCCGCCUCCGCCUAGGCAACCAUUUGCUGGAGGGCCAUUUCCGUUUAAGCCCUUUGGUAAUAGUCCGGAUAAUAUGCAACGUGGUCGUGGUCGCGGUCGCGGCUGGUCUGCACCAUACAGGCCCAACUUUCAGCGCAUGCCCAAUAAUCCGUUUGAUGGACCCGGGCCUGGUCCCAGCGGACCCGGACCUGGACCGCGUCCGUUCUUUCAGCGUAGAGGGCGCAUGCGUGGUAAACCUUGGAUGUAAUGACGUAUUAUAGUUAAUAUAUAUAUAGAGGUUAUAGUUGUUAGUUAUCUUUAUCUCAUUUGGAUUUAAAUUUAUUACACAUAUAUAAACAAAGAAAAAAAACACACACACACACAUAUAUAUAACCUACGUAUUUGAAAGUUGUGGCUCGUUGGCAACAACAAUUUAUAAACAAUUGCGGAAA